AACCGAAAAACUAUGGGCUAGAUAAAAGUAGGAAUGUCUUUCUCUUUUUCUCUCUAUUUUCAAUAUUUUUUCUCUUUGUUUUAAAAAAUUUUCAAUCUUUUUCAGAUCUCUCGAUCACAUUUCCUCUUCUUUUCCCUAAUUUCGCAUCAAUUAGGUUGAGAAGCAGGUGUUCUCUUUGUCUCUGGGCUGUGAUUUUGUUUAUGAAUAUAAGUAGGGAUAAAUUGCAACUACAAUUUAUUGGAACACCAUGGGCGAAAGAAAUAUGCUAUGCCCUAGCCAAAUGAUUGAUUUAGAAAUGGAUCAGCAAGGCCAUGGCUAUCUCCGUCAUGAGCCUUGCACCUUUUUGGGCAAUAUCACGAACUACCCGCCACCUGAUAUCCCGAUGACAGUGAUAGCUCCUGGGAACACAACUAGUCUCGAUGCUCAUCCCUUGCCUGAGCAUUAUGAAAAUGGUAUGUUCUAUGGGAUGCCCCAGUACCCUGUCCCUGGUGUUCAACAUCGUCAACAUCCUCCAAACCUUGAUAUUGGUAUCGGAAAUGCUUCCAACUUUUAUAUUUCCUAUGUGGCUACCCCUUCUUCCGGUGUUCCUAUGAAUCAUGGACCUUUAGAUCAGAUGCCAUCUUCUCGCAAUUACGGUCCCGUUGGAGUUUCUGCUGAUGAAUAUGCUAGGAAUUUCCACUUCAUGAAUAAUGUUAUAGGCUCGUAUAAGAGAAAGACUUCUGAAGGGAUUCCAGGAAACUUUCAGCAUUUUAAUGCCUCAUCAAGCUCGAGUUCCUCAGUUACACAGCUAAAUACCAGGCAUCCUGAUGGGGUUGUCCCAGUUGAUCCUGCAUCCUUCACCAUUCCUCAGUAUAGGGGGAACGACCCUCCACCAAUCAGAGAUGCAGGGUCUCAAAGAAGUGUGAGGAACAGAUUAGGCGCGACCGCCGUGGAUCCUGUUUUGAUGCAUGGUGCUAACCAUUUCUUGCAAGGAAAUUACAUGGCUCAGCCCUUUCAGCCAGCAAUAACAGAUGGAGGUGCCUCAGCUUGGACUCAAGCUCCCGCUGUUCCUUAUAUGCAUGGUGGUAACAUUGGUGGACCUAUCGAGACUAGGUAUAGAAGUUCCAUGAACUUUUCACAUUCUUCUUCUCUUGACCUUCGGAACCAUAACCACCAUCACCCUGCACCACCUAUUGAGGGUGUAAGAAGCCACGGAUUUAAUCUUCACCCACAAGUAGCAGCAGCUCCUUAUCGCUUUCCAGCAAAUUAUGCCUCACAGAGCACCAUGAAUCCAUCACAAGAUAAUUUGGAGAUGGGGCGUAGGAAUCGUCGGCCGGUUCCACCUACUGGCUUUAUGAUAUAUCAUUCUCGCCGAGAAGGUGGGGCUGUACCUGAGACAAGUUUGAGAUACCGCAAUCUUCCUCAUUUGAGAGUUAUUCCACCAGAUGGUGUUGCUAUGCUGGAGUUCCCAGAAUUUUAUGACGAACUCGGGAAUUUGAUCGAUCAUCAUAGGGAUAUGCGGUUGGAUAUAGAAGAUAUGUCUUAUGAGGAGCUACUUGCUCUGGGAGAGCGGAUUGGCAAAGUUAACACCGGAUUAUCAGAGGAAACCAUUAGAAGUAAAUUGAAAACAAGAACUUAUUCUACAUUUGUAACUAACAUUAAUCUGGAAGAGGUGGCACCCAUCGAUCAAGAACCGGAUUCUUGCAUUAUUUGCCAGGAGGAUUACAAGAACCAAGAGAAAAUUGGAACUCUAGAUUGUGGUCACGAGUAUCAUGCAGGUUGCUUAAGUAAGUGGCUGUUUGUGAAGAACGUGUGCCCCAUCUGCAAAUCCGAGGCAUUAACCACCAAGUCCAAGGAUGUCUAAAAGUAAUAAAUUACAUAAAAAGGGUUGAUGGCGGAGAAAAACUUUCCCGGAAGUCUUAUGACUAAUCUGUUUGCUAUGAACCAGAUUGAUAAUUUGUCCAAGUAUUUUGUACAUGAACUUGCAGAUAUCUAACAGUCAAAUCAUUUAUUUGUUGGCUCUGUAAUUAUCAAAUAAUUGUACGGACUCAAAUUUUAUGCAGUCUCUUAUGUAAUAUUAACUUGCAGGGCUAUAUAAUGGGUUUUCAUUGUUCCCUUCUUUAA